CAACAGCAACGCAACCUGAUGGAGGAAGAGGCUAAGGACGGUCUUGCAAUUGAGGACAAUGCGUUCGACGGUCUCGAACGAGACUUCCAACAGGUCUUGUUGGAACUCAUGGGCGACAAGAGUCUCGAAAAAUUUCGCGUCGAGUACGAAAAAUUGCAUCGCGCUCUGAAAAAGAGUCACGAGGGCGAGAAGCGGCUCAUGCAGAGAUGCCGCGAUUUGAACGCGGAGAUCACCUCGCGUGCAGCUGAAGUGACUGGAGCUCUCAAGAUGUCUCAGAGAGAUCAGGAAACGUUGAGUAAGAUGAAGCAGGAGAUCGAGAAGGCGUGGAGUACCGUCGAGGCGUCGCAUGAGAAGGAAAACCGAGCACGAGAGACGAUACAGCAGCUGAAACAAGAAAUAGAGAAUCUGUCGAGGCUUGUUGAGCAGGGAGCUGGACUGACGAUGGGACAGGAGCAUAGUGUGCAAGAGCUAUUGAAACUAAAGGAUGACUUAACUAAGGAGCGAGAUGAGAAGCUUGCUGAAGUUGUAAAAUUACGUGAAGAUUUAAUGGGUGUGACAGAGCAGCAAAAGAAGGCUGAACAUGAUCGAGAUGAAGUGGAGUCAAAAGUGGUGGAACUUCAGGAGGAAAUACAGCGACGCCAACAUGACGCUUUGAGGGAAGUUAGAAAGAAAGACAAACUGGAGCGAGAGUUGAAGGCAUCGAAGUUGGACCUUGACAAGCAGAAUGCAGAAAUCAAAUUAAAACAAUCGCAACUGCAAAAAUUGCAGGAAGACGUAGCAAAGCUGGAACAAGACUUGAAGGAAGCAAGAAUGUUAAACGAAAGAGCGGCAAAGGACAACGACUUUUUCCAUCAGAAGUUGCUUCGUGUUCAGCAAGACUAUGAGCAGCAACUCUAUAGUUUUGAAGCCGUUUCCAGUGAAAACCAGCAACGUCAGGUGGAACUGAAGGUGAAGGAGGAAGAAGUAGUUCACUUGAAACAAGAGACCGCACAAAUUAGCAGACAAAAGGAGCGUUUACAGCGAAAACUGCAUCAGAUAGAUGAGCAGAAAGCAGAGGUUGAAAGAGAGAGGGACAAUCUAAAGGGGAUUAUUCAGGGACUUGAUAGAGAGUUGGAACAGGCCAGAAAAAUGGCAGAACAAGAUAGGAAGGCUCAUGAUGAUGUGGUUCGAGAAAGGGAUAUUCUCACUAAGAAUCUUCGUAAAACAGAAGCAGCCACCGAGAAAGCAGCAAAUAUGGUGAAGCUCAAUGAACAAGCAAGAAAGAAUUUGGAACAAGAAAUUCAAAAUUACAAAGAUGAAGCAGUGAAACAGAGGAAACUGAUUGACAAAUUGGAAAAAGAACGUGACCGAUACAUCAACGAAGCUGGUGAUCUUACCCAAAAGUGUCUCAGUGCAACUGAAGAAGUAAAAAUUCGUGAGAUGCAAAUUUUUGAUAUGAAGAAGAAAAUUGCUGAGUCUGAAACAAAAUUGAAACAGCAGCAGAACCUUUAUGAAGCCGUUCGUAGUGACAGAAACUUGUACAGUAAGAAUUUAAUUGAAGCACAAGACGAGAUCUCAGAGAUGAAGCGGAAAUUAAAAAUCAUGACGCAUCAGAUUGACCAGCUAAAGGAGGAGAUCACCGCUAAAGAGGCAGCACUGAUGAAGGAACACCUUGAACAUCAGAGAGUUGAAAAGGAGAAGGAAGGUUUGAAAGCAGAUCUCGCAAGAAUGAGAGAUCAAUCUGUAAAGACAAGGGAGUAUCUUGAGAUGCAAGCAUCUGAAAAUAAGAAACUGCUAAAGAUUAUCCAGCAGUCAGAUGAUGAGAAGAAAAGGCAAAAGAAGGAGCUGGAUCAAGUUGUCAAUGAAAGAGAUAUACUGGGAACACAACUAAUACGUCGCAAUGAUGAGUUGGCUUUGCUUUAUGAGAAAAUUAAGAUACAACAGUCAACAUUGAACAAGGGUGAGGUACAGUAUCGGCAGAGAUUGGAAGAUAUUCGUAUACUGAAGCUUGAAAUUAAGAAGCUACGUCGGGAGAAGGCUAUGCUCAGUAGAACAGUUGCAAAUGCUGAUGAACUAAAGCGAGAAUUGUAUCAUUGCCAACGGCAAUUGCUUCAAGAGCGUACUCGUUGCAAAGCAUUAGAGGAAGAACUGGAAAAUCCAAUGAACAUUCAUCGUUGGAGAAAGCUAGAAGGGUCUGACCCAAGUACAUUUGAGAUGAUACAAAAGACACAAAUGCUUCAAAGGAGACUUAUACAGAAGACAGAAGAGGUUGUCGAAAAGGAGUUGCUUAUUCAAGAGAAGGAAAAGUUAUACAUGGAAUUGAAGCAUGUCUUGGCAAGGCAGCCUGGACCAGAAGUUGCUGAGCAGUUGCUACUCUACCAACAGACACUAAAACAGAAAACAAAGCAGUUGAAGAGCAUGGCAUCUGAAUUGAAUAUGUAUGAGGAUAAAGUUGCUGAGCAUAAGUUGGACAUGUCAAGACUUACAAGAGAGAUGGAAGACAUUAAGAAGAAAUAUUUUCAGCAAAAGCGACGUGAACAUCAGCAAAGGGAAAAGGAACGUGUUAUUGGCCAGACCGCUCCACCACAUAUUGUGCACUCUCAACGGUCAACAGAGGCAAUGCCAACAAGGUUUGCAGGGGGAGGCUAUUCCCUUAAAACACCUACUGGAAAAGCUGCGGCAUAGACUUGAACAAGAUUUAUAGCAUUAUGAUUGCUGUUGUAUACUCUAUGUAACGGUUCAUCUCAUUGGCAAUAGUAUGCAGCAGCUCAGUUUUAACUACCGUAGUACAUGUAUGCACUUGUAGAUCUUUGUAUAAGGGUAACACGUUACAUAUUGCAUGGUACUGUUGCACAAAUGGAUAAGUGUGUUUAGCCGUAGUGAAAUAGUGUCAAAAGAAGCUGCUUUAGAAGUGCUGAACUUGUUUGAGUUAACAGUCAGAGGCCUAAUUACUAUAAACACUACUACAGCAACUAGAA